GUGCAAUAGAUAAUUUACAUUCUGCUGAAAUAAAUCAAAGAGUAAAAAUAAUGCUUGAAAUUGGAGAUCCAGAAAUUAUUAUAGAUAUGCGGAUAAAUAAUGGAUUUAAAGGAACUAAAUUUGAUGAAUUUGGAAUGAAAUGGCAUCAUUUUGCAUCAAAAUAUAAAAAAUAUACUUGCCUUAUUUUUGCAGAUGAUAAAUAUAAAAUACCAAUAGGUGAAUUAGUACCAACUAGUACUGGAGUUCGAAAUAAAAAAAUGGCAACAUCAACAAAAAUAGAACUUUCAGCAGCAGAUCAUGAUUUUACAAAACUCUCAAUUACUCCUUCUGUAUCUUUGUUUGUUAAAAUUCCAGAUGAUCCAAUUCAAUCAUUUUAUGCUAGACAAGUUUAUGUUUCAUUAAAAAAUACAAUAUUUCAGGCUAGCUCUGCUCUUAGACAUGCUACUGAAUUUUAUGAUUCAAUAGAGCAAUACUAUUUUAAUGCUAAUUCAUUGCCAGAAAUAGUUAUAGUUUAUACAGAUGGAG